AUGCUGACUGGGACGGCCCUGGGUGUGCUCACCUGGGGCGGUGGCGCGUCAUGCUUGUUUGGCGGGUUCCUGGCCGUGGUUGCGGCCAGCAAGUCCCGUGCAGCCCAGGACCUGGGCUCCGUGCGUGAGGUUGAGAGCCUUUCCGACCUAAAGGAGCUGGCGUCCCUGGUCCCCCUGCUGGUGGCGGUGAGCGGGCGCGUUUGGUGCGCGCGCCCGCUCACCUGCGAGCUGUCCGCCGGCGAGGCCGCGAUCGUGGAGGUCCAGGAGGAGAAGCGCACCGAGCGCCGCUUCGGCGCGGUGUGGGUGGGCGAGACCACGCCCCUCCGCGCCUCGGUGCGCGAGACGGAGUGGUGCCUGGCGGAGGGCGAGGGCGGGGCCGGGGCGCAGGUGCCGGUGCUGGGCGGCGCCGGCGCGCGUGGCGACGCGCUGCAGCCCACGGGUGACGUCUUCCUGCCGGCCCAAGAAGGCGCGCUGGGCGCGCUGGUGGGCGAGCUGGCGGGGCACCGCGCGCUGGGCACGCGCGUGCGCGAGGCGGCGUUGGCCCCUGGCACGCAGCUCGCCGCUCACAAGCCGGAGGAGGUGGGCAUCCACGACACCCCCCUCCGCCCCGACGCCUCGGGGAGGUAUGGCAAGUUUGGAGGCAAGUACGUGCCGGAGACGCUCAUCGUCGCCCUGACGGAGCUGGAGCAGGCGUACAAGGAGGCCCUCGCCGACCCGACCUUCAUUGCCGAGCUGGACCACCUUCUGAAGACGUAUGUGGGCCGCCCCUCUCCCCUUUACCACGCGGAGCGGCUGUCGGAGCACUACCGCCGCCCCGACGGCUCCGGCCCCGAGAUCUGGCUGAAGCGGGAGGACCUGAACCACACGGGCGCGCACAAGAUCAACAACUCGCUGGGCCAGGCGCUGCUGUGCCAGCGCAUGGGCAAGAAGCGCGUGAUCGCGGAGACGGGCGCUGGCCAGCACGGCGUGGCGACGGCCACGGUCUGCGCCCGCGCGGGGCUGCAGUGCGUGGUCUACAUGGGCACCAAGGACAUGGAGCGCCAGUCGCUGAACGUGUUCCGCAUGCGCCUGCUGGGCGCGGAGGUGCGGCCCGUGGCCUCUGGCACGUGCACGCUCAAGGACGCGACCAGCGAGGCCCUGCGCGACUGGGUGACCAACGUGGAGGGGUCGCACUACAUCCUGGGCUCGGUGGCGGGGCCCCACCCCUUCCCCCAGAUCGUGCGCGACUUCCAGGCGGUCAUCGGCCGCGAGCUGCGCGGGCAGGCCGCUGAGGCCUGGGGCGGGCUGCCGGACGUGCUGCUGGCCUGCGUCGGCGGCGGCAGCAACGCCAUGGGCCUCUUCCACGAGUUCGUGGGCGACGCAUCCGUGCGCCUCGUCGGCGUGGAGGCCGCCGGGCACGGGCUGGCCACCGACAAGCACGCGGCGACGCUGACGCUGGGGCGCGUGGGCGUGCUGCACGGCUCCAUGUCCUACGUCAUCCAAGACCCGGAUGGCCAGAUCGUGGACCCCCACUCCAUCUCCGCGGGGCUGGACUACCCAGGCGUGGGCCCCGAGCACGCCUACCUGCGCGACGCGGGCCGCGCCGAGUACGGGUCGGUGACCGACGCGCAGGCGCUGGAGGCCUUCCAGCUCCUGUCGCGCCUGGAGGGCAUCAUCCCCGCCCUGGAGUCCAGCCACGCGCUGGCCUACCUGGACACGCUGUGCCCCACGCUGGCCCACGGCACGCGCGUCGUUGUCAACUGCAGCGGCCGUGGAGACAAAGACGUGCAGCAGGUCAUCCAGCACCUGGACCUCUGA